AAAAAAAAAUAAAACAAAAGAAGAAGAAGAAGAAGAAGAAGAGUACACGUACUCGUGUCAGACACAAAUGAAAGUGAGAACUGGUUGAUGCGACUCGACUCUGGGAGCUUGCUGAAGGGAGAGGCCGGAGGUGAGAACUGCAGAAACUACGAAGGUUCGUAGAGGUGUAAUUUAUCCUAAUUAGUUUCAUACAUUGGAGAAGGUACCGUUGGGAACUUGCCAAGUAGUAAUCACUCAUACAUGCAUGCAGGAUGACUUCUUCCAUGACCUUCCGAGGAAUCUCAUCAUCUACUUAUGUCACUCGUCCAUGGACUUAUGAUGUAUUCUUGAGUUUUGGAGGCGCAUAUACUCGCAAUAAUUUUAUUGCCCAUCUGUACUACGCUUUGGAUUCAAAGGGAAUUAACACAUUCAUGGACGCUGAGCUUAGAAGAGGAGAUGAAAUUUCACCAGCAGUUAUCAAAGCCAUUGAAAUGUCAAGGAUUUCAAUCAUUGUUCUCUCUAAAAACUAUGCAUCAUCCCCUUCCUGCUUGGACGAGCUGAUGAAGAUCCUAGAGUGCAGGAAAACAAAGAAACAAUUGGUUCUACCAAUAUUUUACAACAUAGAUCCAUCAGAUGUACGACACCAGAUAAAGAGUGUUGGAGAAGCGUUGGCUAAACUUGAAGACAUUGUCAAGGAUGAUACGAAGAUGCAGAUGUGGAAGACAGCCUUAACAGAAGUGGCCAAAUUGUCUGGGUGGCAUUUAGGGGACGGGAAUGGAUCUAAAUUUGUCAACCAAAUUGCUCAAGAGGUCUCAAGAACAAUAAAUCGUACAUACUUAUAUGUUGCCAAGCAUCCAGUUGGAAUAGAGUCUCGUGUAGAAGACAUCAAUGUCCUUUUAAGUAUUGGGAUGACUGAGAUACGCAUGGUAGGGAUCUUUGGAGUUGGUGGAAUUGGUAAGACAACUAUUGCCAAAGCGAUCUAUAACUUGAUUGCUUAUCAGUUUGAAUAUAGUUGUUUUCUUGCAAACGUUAGAGAAACUUCAAUGCAAGAGUGUGGUAUAAUACAAUUGCAAGAGAAACUUCUUUUUGAAUUCCUAGGAAUCUCUUUGAAGGUUGGCAAUGUUCAUCGAGGAAUCAAUGUGAUAAAGGAGAGGCUUUGUUGUAAAAGGGUUCUUUUAGUUCUUGAUGAUGUGGAUCAAAUAGUCCAAUUAGAAACAUUAGCUGGAGGAUGUGAUUGGUUCGGUUUAGGAAGUAGAAUCAUCAUAACGACAAGAGAUAAACAUUUACUAACUAAGCAUAAAGUUGAUUUAACAUAUAAGGUGAAGAAAUUGGAUCACAAUGAAGCUCUUCAGCUCUUUAGUUGGAACGCCUUCAAAAGUGACAAACCUAAAGACGAUUUUGUGGAACUCACAAAACAUGCAAUACGUUAUGCUGGGGGUCUUCCACUAGCUUUAACAGUACUAGGUUCGGAUCUAUAUGGUAGAGAUAUACAUCAUUGGAAAAGUGCAUUGGAAAAAUAUAAAAGAAUUCCUGAGAAAAAUAUUCAAGAAAAACUUAAAAUAAGUUAUGAUGGAUUGGAUGAAAGUGAGAAGAAUAUUUUCCUUGACCUUGCAUGUUUCUUCAAAGGAGAGCAUGUAGAAUAUGUCAUUAAAAUACUAGACAGUUGUGGAUUCUUUCCAUAUAUUGGUAUCACUGUGCUUAUGGACAAGUCUCUCAUAACUAUUGAUGAGAGUAACGCGUUAGUGAUGCAUGACUUGCUACAAGAAAUGGGUAGAGAAAUUGUUCGCCAAGAAUCACCCAAAGAACCUGGCAAACGCAGUAGAUUGUGGUUUCAUGAAGAUGUUCGUUAUGUACUAGAAGAAAAUAUGGAAACAAACAAAGUUGAAGGCAUAUUGGUAGAGUUGCCUGAAGAAGACUUGAUACAUUUGAGUUCUAAAGCCUUCAUGAAGAUGAAAAGUCUCAGACUAUUUAUAAAUCGCAAUGCACGCUUUUCUGGAGGACCUAGUCAUCUUUGUAAUGAAUUAAGAUUGCUUGAUUGGUCUAAAUAUCCUUUACAAUCUUUGCCAUCCAAUUUUCAUGGAAAGAAACUCGUUGCUUUUAGAAUGUGUCAUAGCCUCUUCAAGGAAUUUGGGAAGGAAUUAAAGAAUUUCCAAAACUUGACAGUUAUGGAUUUUUCUGAUUGUCAAUUCCUAACGAAAAUCCCGGAUCUAUCAAGAAACCCAAAUUUAGAGGACUUGAAUCUUGAUAAUUGUACAAGUUUAGUUGAGGUUCAUGAUUCUAUUGGAUUACUUGAUAAGCUUGCUUAUUUAGAUCUUGGUGGAUGCUCCAACCUAAAGAGUUUUCCGAGAAGCCUCAAGUUGAGAUCUCUUGAAGAGCUAAACCUUCGAGGUUGCUCAAGUCUUCAGAGCUUUCCUGAAAUUGAGUGUAAAAUGGAAUGUUUAACAAAUAUUAGAUUAGACUACACUGCUAUAAAAGAAUUGCCUUCAUCCAUUGGAAACCUCACUGGGCUUCACCAUUUAUAUCUAGAAGGGUGCAAAAACCUUAUGCACCUCCCAAGUAGCAUUUUUCAGUUGCAACAUCUAGAGACUCUUCUUCUCAAAGAUUGUUUAGAAGUUGUUGAGCUUCCAAAGAUGGUGAGGGAUGAAAAACAAUCCAUGCCAUCUACUCUGUCUACUAGGGAAUAUGAAAUUUCGUCAAGUGUGGAAUUACUCCCAUUAUCGCCUCAAAUGAAUUCAAGCAUUUCUAAUGAUAAUUGUUCUUCAAUAGCAUUUCCAUCACUGCGAGAUUUGAAUCUUGAAAAUUGUCCCCUAUUAAAAUCAGAUUUCCUUACGAUGCUUAAUUGUUUGUCCGCCUUGAGACAGCUAGAUCUAUCCAGGACUGAUAUUGUUAGUCUUCCUGCAUGCAUAAAUAGAUUUGUUAGAUUGCGGCGCCUUCGAUUGGAGGAUUGCAAGCAACUUAAAGAAAUUCUAGAACUUCCGCCAAAUGUAGAAAAUGUACAUGCUAGUGGAUGCAUGACAUUGGAAAGUUUUCCAAAAGUAUCAGAAAAAAUUCAAUUCGAUACAUGUGACUUACAAGCUCCAAGAUGGAUUGACUUGUCCGAAUGUUAUAAAAUGCUUGUGAAUAUAGGGAAUCAUGUGGCAAAACCUUUGUUGGCGGGAUAUCUUAAGCAGCAAGAAUUUGGCAUUAUAUUUCCAGGAAAUAGGAUUCCAGACUGGUUCAACCAUCAUAAGGAGACUUCAAAUAGUAUUUCAUGUGAAAUAGAUAUUAACGGGCUCUUGCAUUCAGAUGAGAUCAGAGGGAUUGCUAUAUCUGCUGUUAUUGGACCCAUUCUUGCUGUAACCUUAGAAGUACUCCUUCCUUUUGUUGGUGUUAAGAUCUUUGGUAAUGGUGUCCAACUGUCUACUGGAAAAAGAUUAGUUGAUCCAAUGGGCUCACAGCAUGUAUGGCUGGAGUACUUCAUUCUAGAAUCUGCCGGGUUAAAGUGGGACAAUCUGCGAGUUGAGUUUCACAGUAAUUCAGAAUCAGUGUUCUUUACAAGUUGUGGAGCCCAUCUGGUACACAAGCCUGGAGAUAAUGCGAAAGAUCAUGAUCCAGGAAUGCUCCAUGAGGUUGGUGAUGUCCAUUUGGGUCCUCGCAAAUUGAAGAAAUUGAAAAUUCAAUAGACGUAAUGGAUGGUACUCGCAACUCGGAAUCCAAUUCGUACCCACAACAGAAGAGGCCUUCUUCAACCUUGGGCAUCGGAAUUUCAGAUUUGGAGGAGGAUACACUACUCGGUGAGUCACAACUAAACCAAUCAAAUCACUCCCAACACUAAAACCUGCCAGUUUUUCUUAGCUAAAGGACCGUGUAAACGAACAAAGAAUGGUUUUGGAAAAUUAGCAUGGCUUCCACGUUUUGCAUAGAGCCUUUGCUAUUGUAUUAAUAGAAGUAUUAUGAUGAUGUAUAGUUUCAUAAGGAUUAGCGCUGCUGUUGUGUAGAAGAUAAAAAAAUCUGAAUUCUUUUUCAAUCAUAUUGUUACAAGAUACAAUUGAAGAUGAAAUCCAAUACUAUCUCAAGCGGCUGAGAGAUCGUAAAAAUUGGGGAAAGAAAAGAAAAAGAGUAAAAAUCUUACGUUCCAGCUGCUUGUUUCUUGUGGCUUUUGGUUUGUAAUUUCUCUUGUUUCCCUGUCAUGUUGACAGAUUGUUUUGUUUGUAGCCUGGUUUUCCAGCUUGUUUUGUUGGGUUUGUUGGAGGAGUUUUAGAGCUUGUUUGCUCUUGUGUUUCUGUUUUGUGGUUUCUGGAGUUUGUACAGUUGAUUUGAUUUCAAUAUAGUUCAGUUAUUCAUCCAAAAAAAAAAA